AUGCCCACCCCUCUCCACACAACCCUCCUGACACUACUCCUCCUCCUCAUCCCCCUCACAACCCUCCGCAUCCUCUCCCUGCUCCCCGCCUACCGUCCUCGCCCUAGACCCAAACUCCGCGGCACGCCCACCCGCCUGCUGAUUGUGCUCGGCAGCGGCGGCCACACGGCGGAGAUGUUCGCGCUGCUGCGAGACCUGGAUACAGAGAAGUACAACUGGCGGAGCUACAUCGUGGGGGAGGGGGACAGGUUCAGCGCCGCGCGGGCUGAGGAGUUUGAGCGGGGGCUGAGCGAGCGAGCCCGGGCUCAGGCCACGAGGACACGGAGGAAGAACGGGGCGCUGGAAGGCGAGAAGGCGGAGCAGGCGCACGCGCACACGCAGCAGGGGAGCCGGGAAGCAGAAGAAGAGACGCAGGGUUACGGCGGUUAUGAUGUCUAUACCAUCCCCCGCGCCCGCGCCAUCCACCAGCCCCUCUCCACGACCCCCCUCUCCGCUCUCCGCUGCCUGCUCGCCUGCUUCGCCGUCCUCCUCCGUGCUCCUAAUGCGGAGCGCGGGCCUCCGGACCUGAUCCUUACGAAUGGGCCUGGCACCGGCGUCGUGGUUGUGCUGGCGAGUUUGAUCCUCAGGUUUUUGGGGGUGGGGCAGGAUAGGAUGAGGACUGUGUAUGUGGAGAGUUGGGCUAGGGUGAAGGGUUUGAGUUUGUCGGGACGGUUGUUGGUCAGGGUUGUGGACCGGGUGCUGGUGCAGUGGGAGGGGCUUGAGGGUGUUGGAGGACGGGGGGAGUUUUUGGGUGUGUUGGUUUGA